AUGUUGGCACCAGUAUUUACUCCCAUGUCAGAGACGGGAGCUGUAAACUUGUCUGUCAUACCUACUUACAUGGAACAUUUGAAGAAACACCGGGUCAAUGGUAUUCUUGUGUGUGGAACCACAGGCGAAGGUAUGUCCCUGAACAUGGAAGAAAGGAAGUCUCUCCUUGAAGCCUGGGUGUCUGUUGCUAAGCCAGUUCAUAUUAACGUCGUUGCUCAGGUUGGAGGAGCACCCUUACCUGAUGUAUUGGAACUGGCCAAACACGCAGAGAAGUUGAACGUCGACGGUAUAAUGACUCUCCCGGAACUGUACUACAAGCCGAGGACUGUGGAUCAGUUGAUAAGUUACUUGCAAAAAGUGACUGCCGCAGCCCCAACUCAGCCUCUGUUGUACUAUGACUUUCCAAUGAUGUCUGGAGUCAAUGUAAAUAUGAAAGAGUUGUUUAAGUCAGCUUCUUCCAAACUUCCUAAUUUUAAAGGAGCGAAAGCUGAUUUGAAUGUUGCAGAGCAAGUAUCAGAUUUAUUGGAUUCAGAUCAAAGAAUCUUCAUUGCUAACCAUCAUAUUGCACCAUCUGUCCUAAUGGGCCAUGAUUCAAGUAUCGCCACUGUGGUCAAUCUAUUUCCAGAACUGGUCCAUAAUAUCAGGCAAGCCGUGAAAGACGGAGAAGUUGUGAAAGGGAAACUUCUUCAAAGACGACUAAAUGCUUUGGUAGAUGCUAUUGCUUCCAAAGGUGAUUUUGUUCCAUCAAUGAAAACUGCUAUGGAGCUAACGACCGGGAUAAGGGUGGGGCCAACUCGCCCGCCCCUGGUACCAUUGAACUGUGUCCAAAGAAAAGACUUAAGAAACUCUUUGGUUGACUUAGAUGUACAGAUACAAAUGACAGAAUGA